UUUUGUGUUUUCUUCUGAGUUGAUCCGGCCGUGAAAAUUUGUUAAAAUGUCCAAAACCAUAGGGAGAUUGAAGAGUUUGAAGAAGACGGUGGAGAAAGUGAAUCAUUCUUCCAAGCUGUCGACCAACAUCCCGGCGGGAAUGGCCGUGGCGAGUCCUCCAUUGGGACCCAUGCUCGGUCAACGAGGGAUCAACAUCGCUGCCUUCUGCAAGGAUUUCAACGAGCGCACGAAGGACAUGAAGGAGGGCAUUCCCUUGCCCUGUCGUGUGGGUGUAAAAGCCGACAGAUCUUAUGAACUCGUCAUUCACAGUCCGCCAACAACAUACUUCGUGAAGCAAGCGGCCGGCAUCAUGAAGGGAGUCAUGAACCCGGGAAGAGAGAUUGGAGGGAAAAUCACGCUGAAGCACGUGUACGAAAUCGCCAAGAUCAAAAUUCAGGAUCCCCCGAAUGCUCUGCUCACAUUGGAACAGAUGUGCGCCAUGGUAAUCGCGGCUGCAAGGACUUGUGGGGUUGAAGUCGUGCGGGAAUUGGAUCCGGAGGAGUAUGCACAGUUUCUGGAGGAGAGGAAGGCCAUUAUAGAGGAACAAAGGAGGGAGUUGCAGGAGAAGCGCGAAGCCAAGAUGAUGAGAACGGGAUAAAAACUCACUUUAUAGACAGUUUUGUUUAGAUUAUAAUAGAAUUUAUAUCAA